AUGAAGUGGAGAGUGGAGUUUGGAACGUGCUGGAUUAACCAAAGAUUCAACGCAGGUACAUAGCAAAAACAAAUUAAAGACGUUUCUAUAUCGAAAAAAUGCGUCAUAAAAAACAGAAUUCAAUCGUAGAACACAGCGAUAUCAGACAAUUUUUGGAUUGUCCAUUAAUAUUGACGUGGGUACAUUGACUUUCCCAAAGCGCCUACAGAUGUAUACAUGAAUAGAAAGUGAAAUGCAUAAGUCGAAAAUUUUGCGAUUUGCAACGGAACUCUUGAAAAUUACGAUUUUCGAGUAAAUAAAGUUUGAAAAAAAUUUCUUUAAAAAGGCAACUAUAGACAGUUAGACGUUUAAAAGCAAACCGUGACUGCAAUUACAACAGUGUGCUAUUUCGCAAUAUUUUUCUUCCUUAGUAAGUGUAAUCCAGUCAUGACUAAAUAUGAAAUGUUGUAAAUGGCUGUUUAAUUGAGGAGGGCAAGUUCUCAUUGGUUGUAAAGAGAAAGAUUUUUGCCUUUAAUGCAAAUCCAGUCAAUAUUUCGAAGAUUUAAGAAGACAAAGCCAUAUUUUGCGUCAUAAUACCCACAAAUUGGCCAUGUAUGCUUGUGUCUGGUUCGAUUUAGUGCAUCGACUUUUAAUCCUUAGAUACGAGAAAACAACUGAGAAGAUGCUCCAUAUUUGUCACAACCGGCAAAAAACACUCUUACUUUGCAUGUGCCUACACAUUCUUAGAGCUCGUCCCAAUAUUGUUAAAUGUUAGAGAUGAGUACGUGAUGAACUCACUUCACUCAGUGAGCUAUUUUUGAUCCGCUGUGACGCGUGUUUUGAAGAGAGCGGGGGAACGCCGGCUUAUUUAAGGUUGAAGUAGAAGCCCUAGGUAAUUUAUUUUAAUUCAUAAACGAAAUCAUACAGUCAAUUCCUACUUUACGGAGAACCGUUAAUACAUACUGACAACUCGAUUGAUAUUAAAGACAGUUUUCUUUGUCCGUGCGGGGGAAAGCUCUUAAGUCCUGGCUAACGGCCAUCAAACAUUUUCAUCCCACAUUGUUAUGUACAACUUACAGGGGCGUAGCGUUAGAUUUUGAAGUUGUGCGAAGGGGAAGAAAAGUUUGAACGCCGAAUGAGCUCCAGACUAUGGGGGUCUGGUGACAUGCUCCCGCAGAAAAUGUUUAAAUUGAGGGGCUCGGAAAUGCCAUUUUCUUUUUUUAAAGAAAUGAAAACAAAGGAAAAUACAAUAGUUAGUUGUAUACUUUACCCAUCUCUAGGGUUAUCGGUAAGGAGCAAACAGUGACGCCAUCAAGGAUGUUACAAGCAAAGGGCGAGUUAGGCGGCAUAUCAGCUGUCUCUCCUCGUUUCUUUGUCGAAACUUCCUUAGUGGCUAUUUCAGUGUCACCUAAAGACGUCUAGUUUGAUGAUAUGACAAUGUUUUGAUCCGAUAUUAAAGAUGUAUUUGUGAGUUGAUUAACAUAGCUAGGCUGAUGACCAGGUUAUUAGGGAGGGCAACUCUCGGUUUGAAAGGGGUUUAAUAUAUUGGAUUAUAAAAUAACUAAGAAAAACCUAUGGUUUAUUGUGCUGGUAAACUCAUAGAAAACUGAAACAUUUUCCGCUUUAUUAAAGGACCUUUCGGCUCGUGAGUUCGCCGGUAAACCCAUAGAAAGUGUGGCCCCAGUGGGAGGCAUAAAACCGAAAAAGCCUGGGGAUUAUUGUUUCUUGUUUCCUCUUCUGAAGGCGCGGUUACUGGGAAAAUCAAUGAAAAAAGGGAAAUUAACACUUUGUCAACACUGCGAGUCGUGUUCGUUGACAAAAUGGUAAGGUUAUUGGGUACUUUACUUUCGAUUUUGGUACAGGAUCUAUUUCCUUUUUAUAUAGUUCUUUGAAAGAUCUCAGCUAUUUCUAUUUUCGCCUUAGUUUGGAGGAUUUGACAUGUUUGGUGGCGCUAUGCCUCCGAGGACUUUCAACACACAAUUUCGUUGCUAUCCAGUGGUGAUGUUCCCUGGGAAUGAGCGAGAAGACGUAGAGCGCGGUGGUAAAAGUAAGUCUUGGCUGCUACAGAACCUCAAACCAACGUAUCACUUAAUAAGUAUAAUGCAGUCACCAGGCCGGGGUGGCGAAUCGACUGAAAUCCAGCGAUUGAUACCAUAAUUUGUGUUAAUGAUCUUGGACUUGAUCGACAGCUUAGUCUUAACCAAUAAGCUUAAAAUUAGCUAAAGAAGGCACUGCCAUUGUUCAAUAAAGAAUACAGCAAUAGUCUAUAGUAUAUAAACAGACCCCUAAUAUAUAAUAACUCAAAGGCCACAUGAAUCACUGUCAAAGAAUAAUUAAAUACCAAAAUACCAGUCAAUGUUUAGCCCUAGGGUAGGGGGGACGGGCAUACCCAGGAGAAUUUGACAUUUUAACCCAUUUACACUUCAAAUUCAUUAUCCAGGGGGAAAACACUGAGGUCAAAUACCCCUUCCCUGGGGGUAAAGUUUUUUUGAUUUAAGAUGAUAUUAAUAGACCUUUUCACGGCCUUUUCAACUUUUUAUAUGGACCGGUUAGGGAAAAUCCGUCCACACCACUAAAGAUAGCCUGCGCGCAGACGAAAUUAAACUCUGGUUAACUCCGUCUGUGAAACAGCGCCGAAAUCCUUGUUCUGGACUUCCAGCUGUGUACCCAGAUUUGAGUACGCGCCACGAUUGGCCAGUUAAAAAAGGCUUUGUUUUGUUUGUCGUGAUCGCCAAUCAGGUUGAAGGGGAAUUCGAAACGCACUUCCGGUAAUUCGUUGAGUCCGUUGGGGGCCCAGAACAAGGAUCUCUGCACUGCUUCGCAGACGGUACUAAUCAGAGUUUAGUUAUCGUCUGCACGCAGGCUACACUAAAGAGAGCACCUGAAAUUUGAAAGUGAUACGUCUUUAGCGAGUGAAGAUAUAAGCUCCGCAAAGUUGCGAAAAUUUACGGACAUUUGUAUGGUGGUGGGGAAGUUCGUGCCCCCCACCAUACAAAUGUCUGUGAAAUUUCACGACUUUGAGGAGCUGUGUUCUCAUUAGUUUUCAACAAAUCACCUGUCUAAUAGACACCCCACGACAAUUGCUCCAAAAUACUAGGAAAGUAGGGACAACAGAGCAAAAUCAUUCAAUAAGGUAAUUUUUUCUCGCUUGUUUUAGUUAAUAAGAGUUUGCACAUCGCAUCUUGCUCAGUGUUAGCCCAGGCUUUCAGAUAGUGAGGAAGACACGAGAGUAAAAGGCACGCAAAAAGUUAGUGGGGCAGGAAAAAGGCCGCCCCUUCUCUUUCCAGUUUCCUCCCAUUUUAUUUUCAUGUUCGCGCUUUCUCAAUUCAGCGGGCCCGACUAUCUCAGAGCCUGGAAAUUGCUAGCUCAGUGUUCAAACUUGACAAUUUUACUAAUUUUAAGGUGCUCUUUUCAGCGAUGUUGACGGAUUUUCCCAACUUGUCCAUGUCAAAAGAUGAAAAAAAACAUGAAUUGGUCUAUUUACAACAAAUAUUCCUUGUCACUGUACAUACAUUAACGAACUUUAUUUCAUAUAAAAUCUUCUGCAAUGCAAAGGUGGCACUUCCAAUUCCAAGGACAAAAAAAGCAGUUUUGGGAAUCUCUAUAUUUAUUAGACUGACUACAUCAUCUUUUCAAAAGUAACAAGCUUGAUGAAAUGAGGGUUUUGCAAUCGAAACUCAAAUUUGUACAUUUUGCAACACUGGUGAUAUCUCAUAUUAUGGCCUUAUUAAGUGCUAUUUUAUACUAUGUGUAACUGAAUAAUGUGAUCAGGUCUAAAACUAGUGCAGCACUAUCUUCCAUUUUCUCGCCAAAAAUCCCUGCAUAUGACUGGAAAGAAAACAUGCGAAUUCUGGGCCAGGUACAUUCUGGCAAAAAAAUGACAUGUGACUAAUCGUGGUAGUGGUAGUGGUUAGAAAGGACUGGGAUUGUUUAGUUUUGUACAAUCUGUGAAAUUACAUUCUUGGUAGGUGGUCCUUGAAAAUCAAGUGUGGUCCUUGAAAAGUCCUUGAGAGUCCUUAAAAAAUGGUUGCAAUUAUUUUUAUGAACCCUGUUAGAGUUUUCACUGAUUUUUACCGUGCCAAAUUUGCUAAUAUGUCAGAAAAAAAUCUGUGAGUCUGUCCCAGCUGACUCCACUUUGAUUUAUGAUUGGAGACUAGAGCUAAGCUGGGAUGUUCAUUUUUUUAUCCGUACCCCCCUAAGGAUGACUGGAAUCCAAACCCUCAAAUUUUUGUUGGUGCCCUUUAAAAAAGGAAACGGUUCUUUGUCUGCCCUUUCGAAAAAUUUUCAAAAGGGUCAAAAUUUCAUUCCACAGAAGAAUCCAAAUUGCCCUAUUUGGAAACCCAUCAUCUUCAGGGGGCGGGAUAAAAAUUGAACAUUCCACAGGCAGAGGAUUAAGUCUGAGCAAAAAUUGCUCAUUGACCCCUAACAACCCCAGUAGUACAAAUUUGAGUUUUCAAAGGAUUAUCAACCCUCGCAGAAAUCUGAGACUAGUUUGGAAUAAGAAAUACCUCCGAUUCUUCGAAAUUGUCCAGAGUAUCGACAAUAUCUAUGAUUUGGGUUUUCAUUAAUUUUGUCAUCAAAAUGCGGGAUAGUGGGGAAACAGUAAAAUUCCUGAUCAUCUCGGAUUUUCCUAACAUAUGAAAACCAGGCUAGCUUACUAAAGGUCACAUCUGCCUGGUCUUUUUGAUCAUUUUGAAAAUAAAAGUGUCCCCUCAUGAUAUCAGAGGAGCAUCUACUGUGACCCAUUUUUUAGUCAAAAUUUUCUAGAUUUUAAGCCCAUUAUUGAAAUGUUGAAUUUCUUAUGUACAGGCAAUAUGGUCAUGAAACAGCAACAUAAGACUAGAUAAAAUGGCGACAAACAACAUAAGGAUGGGUUAAAUGCUGAUAGGAACAUGACCAACUCCUCAAAAUGUGAAACAACUGUAUUUGAAAUAUAUACUAGGGACAUACAUUUUCCCCAUUUGGGCCUCAUUGCAGAGUGCCCUUACUCUUACACUUUAGUGUGAACUGACUAGUUAUUCUAGGGAAUUGAUAUAACUGGUGAAGUUGGGAGACCCAUUUCUACUUCUCCAAUAAUAUUACCAGAGUACAUGUAUUCUUAGUGUUGAUUAAUUGAGCUGUCUGGCCAGAUAUUAAAUAUUUUAUGCAGCAGAUUUGAACAUACUAGGACCUAUAAUACACUGUAGCUGGAAUACUUUGAAAUCGGUCGAUUGACUUGACCUUUUUGUGUUAUUCCAUAGUUAUAAUGCCUCCUUCAGCCUUGGAUCAAUUAAGUAAGUAAUACUGUAUCAUUUGUUUCUUUAUGUAUGUAGUAUAUACAAUAUCCACCACCAUCUUUUUUUCACUGUUUCUGUAGUACAUGUAACUCGAUCACUGUUGGCCAUUUUGAAUUACUUUUGGGGUGAAUUUAAAAAUUUUUGGUUGAUUUUGGUAUUAAUAGAAUCGCAUUGCCUAAGUAUAUCCUCAUUUUGUUUCAACAAAACAUUGUCUUGCUAAACCUACAAGCACAAGUCUAUGUGGAAUGUUUCUGCUUUGUCAUGGCUAGGAUUGUUUUCAAGUUUUUGUAUAAGUGAUUUGUAGUAGUUAUGCAUUCCUUUUUUUUCAGCAGUCUUUAGCAUUUUUCUUUUCUUUAUUCUUUCCAGCAGUAGCUUUAAACCUUUCUCAGCCUGCCCAAUCCUCUUCUUCCUCUCCUCUGUGCAGUGUGAUGAGCGGCUAGCUUGAGGGGAUGGGGAGAGAGGGAGGCCUUUUGGCCAGGAGUGUGCAGGGACAUGUCAGACAUGGGGGUAAUAUUCUAUCCUGGGGCUAUUAGUGGAAGCCCCAUGGUACCCUAGCACCCCUGGAGGUGGUCUCUCAUGUGAAAGGGUCAGGAAUGCUCCAAUUUUACUUAGUGGUAUAAAGCACAGAAGGUCUCAUCACUGAGUGUGUUCAAGAUGAAAUGCCAUGUUUUAAUCCAUACGGCUACUGGUUAGGGCCAUGUUUGUUCAGAAAUAAAGAGAGUAGAAGGAAAGCUGGGAGCAAAAGUGUAUUCUCUAGGAUACCCCCCUUCAUGUGGGAGUCACCCCUCAGGCCAGGCACCCACCUUCCAUUGAAGCAGCCGGUUAAUGUUAACCUUUCUUUCUUGGAUUUAGUUACAGUCACUUAAGUUUUCUCCUGUACUUUUUAUGCUUAUUUUCUCUCUUUUGUUAUUUUGGCUUGUAGCAAGGUUACACAUUGUUUAUCCAAUGCUGUUCAAACUCAGUAAUUCCAGGUCAGGAAGAAACACUCACUGUGGAGUGCUGGAGUUUGUUGCUGAUGAGGGCAAGAUAUACAUUCCUUACUGGGUAAUAAUAAAAACUUAUUAAUGACUUGAUCCAAGGAAAACAAUUCAUAUUCUUUCCCAUAAUUCUUAUGUGAUGUUUGGAAAUUAAAGUGAGAUUCAAGGGAAAAAGUUAAAUAUACUAGAAUUGUCGUCAAAAUUGUUGGGAAGGGUGAUACUUUCAACCUUGUUUUUUCUUGUUCCUCUCGGCCCUGGCCCAAUGUUGAACCAAACUUGGGUCUUUGUAUGGGUAAUAAUUAUUCUGCUAUAUCGCAAUGUUGAAUACAGGGGCUGAAUACAGGGGCAGAAAAGGUUGUCAAAAUACCCCGGCAACCGGCGCUAUCACCAGCUACUUUAAUGUUUUUGCCGCCUGUAACCUGGGAAACACACAUACCUACCGAUAUGUGUUCCCUUGCCUGGGAAACACAUAUCCCUAGUGAUAUGUGUUCCCUACCUGGGAAACACAUAUCCCUAGUGAUAUGUGUUCCCCCACCUGGGAAACACAUAUCCCUUGUGAUAUGCGUUACCCACCCUGGGAAACACAUAUCCCAAGUGAUAUGUGUUCCCCCACCUGGGAAACACAUAUCCCUAGUGAUAUGUGUUCCCUUACUUGCGAAACACAUAUCCUUACUGAUAUCUGUUCCCUCACCUGGGAACUACAUAUCCUUAGUGAUAUGUGUUCCCCCACCUGGAAAACACAUAUCCCUAGUGAUUUGCAUUCCCCCACCUGGGAAACACAUAUCUCUAGUGAGAUGUAUUCUCCCACCUGGGAAACACAUAUUCCUAGUGAUAUGUGUUCCCCCACUUGGGAAACACAUAUCCCUAGCGAUAUGCAUUCCCCUACCUGGGAAACACAUAUCCCUAGUGAUAUGUGUUCCCCCACCUGGGAAACACAUAUCCCUAGUGAUAUGUGUUCCCCCACCUGGGAAACACAUAUCCCUAGUGAUAUGUGUUCCCCCACCUGGGAAACACAUAUUCCUAGUGAUAUGUGUUCCCCCACCUGGGAAACACAUAUCCCUAGUGAUAUGUGUUCCCCCACCUGGGAAACACAUAUCCCUAGUGAUUUGCAUUCCCCCACCUGGGAAACACAUAUCCCUAGUGAUUUGCAUUCCCCCACCUGGGAAACACAUAUCUCUAGUGAGAUGUAUUCUCCCACCUGGGAAACACAUAUCCCUAGUGAUGUGUGUUCCCCACAUAUCCCUAGUGGUGUUCCCCCAAAACACAUAUCCCUAGUGAUAUGUGUUCCUCCCACAUAUCCUUAGUGGGUUCCCCCACCUGGAAAACACAUAUCCCUAGUGAUAUGCAUUCCCCACCUGGGAAAACACAUAUCCCUAGUGAUAUGUGUUUCCCCACCUGGGAAACACAUAUCCCUAGUGAUAUUGUGUUCCCCACCUGGGAAACACAUAUCCCUAGUGAUAUGUUCCCCACCUGGGAAACACCCUAGUGAUAUGUGUUUCCCCUGGGAAACACAUAUCCCUAGUGAUAUGUGUUCCCCAACCUGGGAAACACAUAUCCCUAGUGACAUAUGUUCCCCUACCUGGGAAACACAUAUCCCUAUUAAGUGAUAUGUGUUUCCCCACCUGGGAAACACAUAUCCCUAGUGAUAUGUGUUCCCCCACCUGGGAAACACAUAUCCCUAGUGACAUGUGUUCCCUACCUGGGAAACACAUAUCCCUAGUGAUAUAUGUUCUCCUACCUGGAAAACACAUAUCCAUAGUGAUAUGUGUUCCCUACCAUAUCCCUAGUGAUGUGUGUUCCCCAACCUGGGAAACACAUAUCCCUAGUGAUAUGUGUUCCCCAACCUGGGAAACAUAUCCCUAGUGACAUGUGUUCCCCUACCUGGAAAAACACAUCCCCUAGUGAUAUGUGUUCCCCCACCUGGGAAACACAUAUCCCUAGUGAUAUGUGUUCCCCCACCUGGGAAACACAUAUCCCUAGUGAUAUGUGUUCCCCCACCUGGGAAACACAUAUCCCUAGUGAUAUGUGUUCCCCCACCUGGGAAACACAUAUCCCUAGUGAUAUGUGUUCCCCCACCUGGGAAACACAUAUCCCUAGUGAUAUGUGUUCCCCCACCUGGGAAACACAUAUCCCUAGUGAUAUGUGUUCCCCCACCUGGGAAACACAUAUCCCUAGUGAUAUGUGUUCCCCCACCUGGGAAACACAUAUCCCUAGUGAUAUGUGUUCCCCCACCUGGGAAACACAUAUCCCUAGUGAUAUGUGUUCCCCCACCUGGGAAACACAUAUCCCUAGUGGGAAACAUAUAUCCCUAGUGACACAUAUCCCUAGCGAUAUGUGUUUCCCCACAUGGGAAACACAUAUCCCUAGUGAUAUGUGUUCCCUCACCUGGGAAACACAAAUCCCUAGUGAUAUGUGUUCUCCCACAUGGGACACACAUAUUCCUCGUAAUAUGUCUUCCCCACAUGGGACACACAUAUCCCUAGCGAUAUGUGUUCCCCCACAUGGGAAACCCAUAUCCCUCGUGAUAUGUGUUCCCCCACCUGGGAAACACAUAUUCCUAGUGAUAUGUGUUCCCCCACAUGGGAAACACAUAUCCCUAGUUAAAUGUGUUCCCCCACCUGGGAAACACAUAUCCCUAGUGAUAUGUUCCCCACCUGGGAAACACAUAUCCCUAGUGAUAUGUGUUCCCCCACCUGGGAAACACAUAUCCCUAGUGAUAUGUGUUCCCCACCUGGGAACACAUAUCCUAGUGAUAUGUGUGUUCCCCACCUGGGAAACACAUAUCCCUAGUUAUAUGUGUUCCCCCACCUGGGAAACACAUAUCCCUAGUGAUAUGUGUUCCCCACCUGGGAAACACAUAUCCCUAGUGAUAUGUGUUCCCCACCUGGGAAACACAUAUCCCUAAUGAUAUGUGUUCCCCACCUGGGAAACACAUAUCCCUAAUGAUAUGUGUUCCCCCACCUGGGAAACACAUAUCCCCAGUGAUUUUUGUUCCCCUACCUGGGAAACACAUAUCCCUAGUGAUAUGUGUUCCCCUACCUGGGAAACACAUAUCCCUAGUGAUAUGUGUUCCCCCACCUGGGAAACACAUAUCCCUAGUGAUAUGUGUUCCCCCACCUGGGAAACACAUAUCCCUAGUGAUAUGUGUUCCCCCACCUGGGAAACACAUAUCCCUAGUGAUAUGUGUUUCCCCACCUGGGAAACACAUAUCCCUAGUGAUAUGAGUUUCCCCUGGGAAACACAUAUCCCUAGUGAUAUGUGUUCCCCCACCUGGGAAACACAUAUCCCUAGUGAUAUGUGUUCCCCCACCUGGGAAACACAUAUCCCUAGUAAUAUGUGUUUCCGCACCUGGGAAACACGUAUCCCUAGUGAUAUGUUUCCCCUUACCUGGGAAACACAUAGCCCUAGUGAUAUGUGUUCCCCCACCUGGGAAACACAUAUCCCUAGUGAUAUGUGUUCCCCCACCUGGGAAACACAUAUCCCUAGUGAUAUGUGUUCCCCCACCUGGGAAACACAUAUCCCUAGUGAUAUGUGUUCCCCCACCUGGGAAACACAUAUCCCUAGUGAUAUGUGUUCCCCCACCUGAGAAACACAUAUCCCUAGUGAUAUGUGUUCCCCCACCUGGGAAACACAUAUCCCUAGUGAUAUGCUCCACCAGGAAACACAUGCUGACGACUUUCUCUUAUUUUCCUGCUACUUAAAAUUGUUUUGACAACCCUGGGAGCAAGGGCGUAUUUAGCAAAAGGGAAAACCAACUUAUUUGAAAGUUAUAAUGAGGUACUGAUAAAUAAUUUAUAAUUUAUUUGUACAACCUUCCCAACUUUUUUUGUUCGGGAUUGUAGUUUCUCAAGGGGCCAGUCAUAAGUGAUUUGUUGUAUAGGUUAUCAUGAAAAUCCUCUGUAACAUAAAUUUAUGAUGGUAAAUCAUGGCGAGGUGUCAAUAUUCUUGGGUAACAGUACACUGUUACCCUCUGACAUCAUAGGUUUUGCAGUGUUGUAGACUGAAAUGUCAGACUAGCAGUGUUGCCCACUCAAAGAUAUUUUGUUGAAACAGUUUUAUUGUUACAUGAAGAUGUGAUGUGAUCUUGAGGUAACCAAUGAUGGCAUCAGCCAAAAAUGCAGGCUAAAUAAUAAUGUUAAGACUUAAUUUAUUUAUUGUGAUAAUGUUGGAGGCUUUAAAGCUCAGUCUUAAUGAUAUUAUAGUUCAUGUGUGGUUCUGGAGGGUUUUAUUAAGAAUUCUAGUGGUAGGAGAAAGGUGUAAUGUUACAGGAGAAUAUUUUAAAAGAGGCUCCACAUCUGAAUAUAAAACAGUCAUAGGCUACUGAACGUUUGCCAGAGAAUUAUGCAUAGUAAACAGAGAAUUCUCCAACCGCUGAUGCCCAAUGAACACCCUGGUUUUGCAGUUUAUUUCAUUCUUUGGUUACUGGUGAUGAGCAUCGCAUGGAAUAGAUAAGCAGACUAUAAUAAUUAUUUUCUGCUAUUAUUAUAGUCAAAUCUCCUGUAAGUGCCCACCCAAAAUGCAAAGACUUAGUGGUCGCUUACAGGUGGUAGUAACUUUCAAGAAUAAAACCACAGGGCAUCUAAUCUGAGAUGUCCAGACACAUCUACUUUAUGAAAGAUGAUUUAUGGCAUGUUAUUUCUAAGUUACAGUGUAGUUCCAUGUUGUUACUAAAGUUCUUCGUAUAAUCUAAGUAGCAUUUUACACACACACACAGAGAUCAGACAGUGCAUGAAGUGCUUGUCAAAAAGAGGUUUAAAACAAUGGAACAUCAUUAAACCGUCAGCCUCAAAUAGUGGCUGCAGUCUGACUGUACUGGUUUGACUGUAUUAUGAGACAAAUUCUACACAACUUAACUGUCAUUUGCGUUUACGUAUUACAGAUGAUGCGCAAUCUGUUGCUUGAAGAAGGUGGCCUUCUUCAGGUGGAGAGUGCUUCAUUACCAGUGGCAUCAUAUGCUAAGUUUCAGCCUCAGUCAGUUGACUUUCUGGAUAUAACAAACCCAAAGGCAGUGUAUCCUUUAAAGUGCAAAUCUUUUCCUCUUUUUCUCUUAGCUGAAGUGAAUGAGUAUUGGAACCUGUCAUGUCAAAAAUGCUUUCCUUUUAACUAAUGAGGGUCUGAUAAAUGUAGCUUGGUGGGCAGCUCAUUCUCUUACAGGGUAAAGUAUGCCAGAACACCCUCUCCCCAUUCCCAUUGUUAGAGGGAGACAGGAGUGUGGUACUUUUAGGUCAGAACUUAAUUUUCUUAAGAAAUUUCAAGUAUUCAAAUCCUCAGCUGGCAGAUGUUAAGUGAUGAGAUUAACAAUAUCAGUUGAAACUUAACAGACAGUGAAACAUGAAAAAAAGUUGGUUUUAUUGUGUUAUGCAUUUUUAUUGCCAGUUCUUUACAUGUAUAACACAAGUUCCUAGCGUGGCAGAAUUAGUGAAAUCACUCUUUUUUACAUGUUUUUGGCUUAUCUUUGUAUACAUUGUAGCAGUUCUGAGUAUUGGUCUCUUUCUUUCAUGUCCUUUUUUGCUUACUUCCCUUAAUAAAUUCAUACUUAGUUUAGAGAAUGCACUCCGGUCUUUUGCCUGUUUAACAAAAGGAGAUGUCAUUGCAAUCAAGUACAAUGAAAAAGUGAGUUAAAAAAGAUGAUAGGAGAUCUCAUCUGUUUGUCUCUUGCCACCUUCAAAUAUCCUUUUUGUUCCUUGAGGCACAUAAGGCAGGGGCACCCAACGACAAUUUUCGGAAAAAUAUCUGUUCGGAAGACGAUUCGAGAUCUAGAAUUUUCGGAACAUUUGUUGUAAAAUUUCUUGCUUGCCUGCCUCUCCUAGGAUUUUCGAACAUCUGAAAAAUGGUAUAAUUACCUAUUUUUAACGGAUUUUUACCCUAAAAAGGUCACCUACAAUUUUCGGGAGCCUUUUUUCUGGCUGAAAUUUUCGAAAAGGCGAGUUUUGAUCCCUAUAAUUUUCGGAUCACUAGACUUUCAGCUAGGAAAUCCGAACAGAUGAAAAGUUUUUAGAGGAUAAAAAUAUGCCUUUGUCUACCGUUUAAAUACUAAAAUACGUUUAACAAUGCUAUGUUUAAGUGGUUUUGAACUAUAUUCUCGUUGGGUGCCCCUGAUAAGGCCUCCUCAGAGUGUUUCCAAUUUUCUUGGGUAGCUGCUGACCGGCCACAGUGUUCCGUUGAUUAAGUAAAUUUCCUCUUCUUCUGGUUUCUGUUAUAACACGGUUUUAUAAGAGAGAGUUAUUAGCCCUUAGCCCUCAGCCCAACCCAAAACCUGGAGGACCAGGGGUCCACACUUAGUCUGGUCUCUACCCUUCAACCUUUUUGGCAUGAGUAGCUCUAUGAAUAUGAAAAUUCACGCAAUCUUCUCCUUAUGGACUAGUCAUGCACAGUCCUUAGAAUUUGAGAGAAAUGUCCAUGAAACUAUUUGGAUUUUUCCGUAUUUUUCUUGUCUGUUUGUUUGUGUGCAGAUCUAUGAGUUGCUUGUUCUGGAGACAAAACCUGGGAAUGCAGUAUCAAUCAUAGAGUGCGAUAUGCAGGUACUAAUCUUGUUUUCAGAGGGUUUUUUUUUGGUGUGGUGCGUUAAGCCUUGUUUGUUCCAGUAGAAAAUUAUUUCAAAUCUUACAGACAACUUUAAGAGGUAAGAUGCGAAGACCUGUAAUGCACUUCAACCUCUGAGUUGGUGGACAAAAUGGUGUUGUGUGCACAAUCAAAUGAAACCCACUGUAGCAGUAAACUUGCAGAUUUUUUUUGUUUUCUUUAUUUGAAAUUCAGUGUUUUCCUUGAAUUUGCUUUUUUCGGUUUUUCGCAGUGAAGAGCUGUUAUAUUUAACGUGUGGUCCAUUUAAUAUGAAAUCCAUAUCAUUAAUCCUGAGAGCGCCAGGUGGCAUACAUAGUGCUGUAAUUUUAUGAAUAUUUGAUGGAUUCCUUUGAAAUUUAGCCCACCUUAUUAUCUUGUAUAGAUCUGCCAUUAAAGUCAUAAAAUUGCGAACUCCCUCAUCUCUGAUAUAUUAAUUGACCAACCCUACCAUUUCAGGCGUUCUUUUGUAAAAAGCAUAGUUUACGAUGUAAGUCACUUGAAGCUGCAAAAUAUUGACACAUAGUUCAGGGGUAAAUUUCAUACCACUGGUAUCAGAUAAGCUCAUUUUUCAACAAAUCAACUGUUUUCAAUUGUUAACUCAAUUUUUUGAUACCACAUGCAAAGAAUGCCGAUAUGAUUUCCACAAGACAUUGAUCAGUAGCACUCAAAUGGUAUGUUAUACAGAGGGUCAGAGUCAUCACUAACUUGUUUGGACAAUUAAACGCUGUUCAGUCUGAGAGGUUUGAGGGUCUGGCCAGUCUGCCCUGUUUUUCCAAGUAAUUAGCUGUCUCAAUUCUCCUUAGGUUGAAUUUGCUCCUCCUGUGGGAUAUGUGGAACCAGAGAGACAAGUGAAAAAGGAAAAAAAGAAAGAAGAAGAGGUAUAUUUCAGAUAAUUGAUCCAUCAAACAUACCAAAAACUACCGCAUAUAAGACCCCCCCUUCCCACUUAUAUACCCAUCUACCAAUAAACAACAAAAUAUACCUCCGAUUAUAAGCUCCCCCGGAUAUAAGUCCCCCCUACCACUAAUAUACCCAUCUACCGAUAAACAACAAAAAAAAAAUAACCUCCCGAUUAAGUUCCCCCACUUAUAUACCCAUCUACUGAUAAACAACAAAAAAAUACCUCCGAUUAUAAGCUCCCCGGAUAUAACCCCCCCCCCCCCCACUUAUAUACCCAUCUACUGAUAAACAACAAAAAAAUACUUCCAGUUAUAAGCUCCCUCGGAUAAUCCCGUCCAAACGCAUUGAAAUAAAUUCGAUUUAUUGUGACGUUUUGAAGUUUGAUUAAAAACCAGUUAAUGCAAAACGUAUUUUGAUCCGCACUCCCAUACCCUGUUUCGAUGCACUCGGAUAUAAGCCCCUCUAUUUAUAAGCCCUCCUAAAACCCUUUACGAAAAUGUAUAAGCUCAAGGCUUAAAAGCGGCUGUUUACGGUGAUCGAUGAUUGAAUUGAAUAGUAAACCAGCCAAUCAGUAAAUCUGUCAGUCAAUUGGUAAUGAACUGAUUAGUUCAUGGAUGAUUACCUUAAUUACAAAAGCUCUUCCAUAGAUAGUUAUAUCUUUUUUCCUUUUGAAUUCUAGCACACUGAUGUACAACAAGGAAUUGUGGAUCGUGGUUUCGAGGUAAUGUACAUUUACUCUCAACAGCCUUUUUCUUUAGUGGUUCCUACGCCAUCUUCAUCAUCAUCAUUAAAUUAUAGAGGAGGUCAAACCGGUACUUCCGUUAUUACAAUAAAUGGAAUGAACUCUAGAAAUGUAGUUGCUCUGUAACAUUUACCUGAAUAUACAGUAUAGGCUCAGAUUAAAACAACUAACUUUCUAAUGCCUCUAAAGCCGAAUAGAAAAGAAAAGUGAAAAUUACUUUCUGUGUUUUCCAAGAAACAGGCUAGCAAAUUAAAACUUAAAUUUGUUAUGUCGUUGACAAAUCUAACACAGAAAUAUUUUUCUCCAUUAUGGCAGGCUUUUACUGGCUCAGGGUUUCGCUUGGAUGGGAAAAAGAAAAAGUCAAAUGUACCCUCAGAUCCAGUCCCUAUGGGGCCUCCUGUCAUCAAACGGUAUGCUUUUGUUAAGCGACUAUUUUUUCUUUCAUUAACUGUUAACUUUUUACUUGGCAAUGCGUUAAAAUGUUUAUACGAAACAUGACGAAAACGGAGGCAGUAAGCACUAUUAAAGAGGUAGCCAUUUUUUAAUUUGAAACUUUUUGGCAAGAAUUAGCUCUAGAAAUCAAUUGUCGUCGAGAUUGGUUUUAGUCCACCGCGCUUUGAAAUCUGGCAAUUGAAAAACAUAGAAGUGAUAACCUGCAUAGUUAUUAGCUGCAGAUCGUACUGCAGAGUUGGCUUGUAGUAAAAUUUUAUAAAAUGCAUACAUUGUAACUGCAGAUCACUGAUUGUUUAUUUCUGUUAUUACUUUUUAAUUUCAUGAUGGCAUAAUAAUUGUUUUUGUUGUCUUUUUUCUUUUUCGUUCCUUUCUUUAGAGGGAUUCCUAACUAUAACUUCGAGAAAGGGAAGAUCACUUUCAAGAGAAACUUGAACAAAUCCAACAAUUCACAGGUGAUAAAGAUAAACCUCUGAAAGACCACGUGUUUUAAAUCAUAGUCUACUUCUUUAGCAAGAAAAUUGUCCCUUCCAAUUUUCCUAGAAAGUCCAAACUUUCAUUUCAAAUCUGAGUGCCGCGCGAAAGUAUUGACGAUUCGCAAGCGAAAUGUUUGUACUGCAGGAGAGGAUUUCGUCUACAAGCUCAUAUACAUCUAAAAAAAUUUAGGAUUAAUAGUCUGGUUAAUGAAUUAUGUCGAGAAAUGAAGUACCAGCCGAGUCUAUUGCCCUUAAGCUACCAGCUGCUGCUUUUCUUUCGUCGACGUGGGCUUAACUCGCUUUGUUUUCCUUUAUUGCAGUUAAUUAACAAAGGAGAAGCAAAUAAACCGGAAUUUGAAGCAUUUAAAGGUUCAGGAAAAACUCUACGACAGAAAAGAAAAAACUAGCGUCGAAAAAUAGAAAUUAUUCAUUUUUUAUAGAGUAUUUAUUUGUACGCAAAGCGGACCUAUUUUUGGACGAAGAAACCUUUCAGUAGUUUUAGUCGAGGCUAAAUAGAAUGGUACACGUGCUUGCGGGGAAAAUUUCAGCCGAUAUCUUUGGUGUGCAGACAACUAUCGUAUGGACAAUGUCUUCUCCAGUACAUUCGAUUCGAGGAUGAUAGGAACUAUUCCCAUCUUAGACUGCAAACCAGUUGGAAUCGUUUUAGCGUAGCGUUAGUCUUACACGCUCGAGUGAGUCACGCGUUUUCCCCCAGUCUCGCUUUCCUUUUUCAGCCUCACUCCAGACCUCUUGUUUGACUGUUCGCACGCACUUGAAUGCGCAAAAAUAUUUCCAAUUUGGCAAGUAAAUUCAUGCUUGAACACUCUUUAAAAAAAGUUUAGUCAAAAAAGUUGCAAACUUUGGAUCUCUUUCAAGAUUGUUUGUUCUGCAACCUUUCCCAUGAUGGAAUCACGUGAAAAAAUGGAGAGAACUCGAAUGCAAUUCGUAGCCUGUUUCUCAGAGGCUGUUUACAUGGAGGGAGUGAAGAUCCUAGCACCAUGAAGAUCCUAGAAGGAGCAACAACUUUUCGUUGGGCUUACAUGCAUAAAUUUCGGUCCGUGUGGUUAACAGUAGAGAAGGAAUUAAAGAUCAUUAAAGAUUACCCACUGAACGACCGCCGAUAUUUUUGUUCAGUUUGUCCCAAGGCUAGGAUCUUCCUAGCGAAGGCAGAUAACAUGGUGCUUGGAUCUUCCUAGUACUAGGACCCCUCAACCUCUCAGCUAAGAGAAUGAUGUCCUGCGAGGACGCAAUGACUCUUUGCUUAGAGUAGCACAGUUGCUCUUCCAGA